UGUUUCUCUUUAUCGAAUUGUCUCAAACAAGCAUUUAUAUUGGUCAAUGGAAGUCGCUCCCCGUGGCAGACGCUUUCAACCGCAACCCUCACCAACAACUUCCGCCCCACCCACCGACAACCACCUCCGAUCACGAUGCCGUACUUCGGGCUUCGAGGCACGAAGCUCAAUUAUGCCGUGAGCAUAAUUGCCGGCAUUGACUUUUUAUUAUUCGGAUUUGAUCAAGGAGUCACCGGGGGCAUUUUGACCAUGGAACAGUUCUUGACGGUGUUCCCGCAAGUAUGGCCAGAGCAUCCGAGCAUCACAGAUCCUGCUGAGUCUUCCUACCGCUCUACAGUUCAAGGCAUUACCGUGGCUUCAUACAAUCUCGGCUGCUUCCUUGGCGCCUGCAUAACCAUCUUUAUCGGCAACCCACUUGGCCGUCGCCGAAUGAUCAUGCUCGGCACGUCAAUCAUGGUCGUCGGAGCCAUCAUCCAAGCCUCGGCUACCACCAUGGAGCAGCUAAUCAUUGGACGUAUUAUUACUGGUCUUGGAAACGGCGGUAAUACCUCGACCGUGCCUACUUGGCAGUCUGAGACGAGCCAUGCCCACAACCGCGGAAAAUUGGUCAUGAUUGAAGGUGCCCUGAUUACCUGUGGAGUUAUGAUCUCUUAUUGGGUCGACCUCGGAUUUAGCUUCGUGCAAAGCUCCGCGGCCUGGCGCACUCCUCUCGCCUUCCAGCUCAUUUUCUGCAUUCCCAUCCUUGCUACGAUCUGGAACCUCCCAGAGUCACCGCGGUGGCUUGUGCUCAAGCAAAGGGACGAUGAGGCCAAGGAGGUCCUCUCUUUGCUGAACGAUGUAGAUAUUUCGGACAAAAUCGUCCAGGACGAGUAUAUCGCCAUUCGAGAAACGGUGGCUGAAAUGGCCAAGGGCAGGUUCUCUGAUCUCUUCUCCAACGACAUGGAUCGAAACUUUCACCGCAGCAUGCUGGCAUACUGGAGCCAGGUUUUCCAACAGAUUUCCGGAAUCAACCUUAUCACAUACUACGCGCCCGUUAUUUACAGAAACCUUGGCAUCUCUCCUUUCUUGUCACUCCUACUCGGAGCACUCAACGGCACAGAAUACUUCCUCGCCAGCUGGCCAGCAGUUUUCCUCGUGGAGCGAGUUGGUCGCCGCAAGCUCAUGUUGUUCGGUAGUAUUGGACAGGCUGCCACGAUGGCCAUUCUCGCGGGUGUCAACUCGAAACCAGAGAACGCUGCAUGCCAGAUUGCAGCAAUUGUGUUCCUCUUCGUUUUUAACACGUUCUUCGCCAUCGGAUGGCUUGGCAUGUCGUGGCUAUAUCCGACCGAGGUCCUGACCACCAGGAUCAGAGCUCCAGCCAAUGCGCUGAGCACGUCAGCGAACUGGAUUUUCAAUUUUCUGAUUGUCAUGGUGACCCCGGUAUCAUUUGCGAGUAUUGGCUACCAGACAUACACUGUCUUUGCUGUAAUCAACGCCGCCAUCGUCCCGUGCAUUUACCUGUUCUACCCGGAGACUGCUGGACGGUCGCUCGAGGAGAUGGACGCCAUUUUCCACAAGACUCAAGGCAAAAAGGGAUACUUCGACGUCGUGCGUAUCGCACGCGAGGAGCCCCGACGCUACGGCAAGCACGGCGAACUGCUCAUCGCAUACGAGGAGACCGAGGAGCACAAGAAGCACUUGUCUCAUGGAGGCGGCGACGUUGGUGCCGAGCACCGCGAGAACAUCGGAGGCGCUGGCCAUCAUGGCCGCAACGACAGCCCAAGCGAGCACAGCUCUGACGGGGUUGUGCGGUCGCAUCACAGCCAGGUGUGAGAUAAAUUUGGGCACUUGGAAAGAGUGACCUGUCCAGCUGCACUUUCGGGCGGUGGACGGGCUUCGAUGUGGAGGCAUAACGAGCAGGAUAUGUGCAUAUUCUUGAAGAGGAGAUGUUACUGGCCUCCUUGUACAUGUACGCUUGCAGUGCAAACCUGUGAUUUGACACAAGCUUUUCAUGUGAACUAUUUCCUGGUGACUGUUGAAACACGAGACAGUUGUGACCUGCACUAUAAUCGUUUUUU